GAAGAAAAGAUGUCUCCUCAGUCUCACAGGGAAACGAGUCAGGACCCAUUUAAAUCCUGGAAAAUAUUCACUUCCAAGGCUGACAGAAAUGGCGAGAUUUUAACUCUCUUGAUGAAAGGAGCCCUCCUCGUCUUUUUCUUCGCUUCAAUCUAUUUCGUUUUCUUCUCCGCUUUCUCCAACCAGACACGAUGGUUCAGAUGCCCAGAAUGCGACGGCAUCAUCCGGAAUUAUGGUCGGAGGGGCGAAAUUCCUGUGAUUUUCAAUGAUCAAGAUCAUGAAACGACGAACAUUUCACACAUUCAAUUUGGAAUCGGUGGUUCAGUGAAGUCAUGGAAGGAUCGCCGACAUUACAGCGAGUUAUGGUGGAAACCCAACAUCACUCGCGGUUUCGUCUGGCUCGACCAGCCAUGGCCUGAGAACGAAACCUGGCCGGAAGCUUCGCCACCGUAUCAAGUGUCGGAAGACUCAUCGAGGUUCAAGUACACCAGCUGGUACGGCACCCGUUCCGCAGUUCGGAUCGCUCGAAUCGUGUUGGAGAGUUUCCGGUUAGGGUUAGAAAAUGUGAGAUGGUUCGUGAUGGGAGACGAUGAUACGGUGUUUUUCGUGGAGAACUUAGUGACUGUACUGUCGAAAUACGAUCACCGUCAGAUGUACUACAUCGGGGGAAACUCCGAGAGUGUGGAGCAAGAUGUGAUACACUCUUAUGGAAUGGCAUACGGUGGCGGUGGUUUCGCGAUCAGUUACCCUCUCGCAGCUGAGCUUGUUAGGGUUCUUGACGGUUGCAUUGACCGUUACGCCUCUUUCUACGGCUCUGAUCAGAGGAUUCAAGCUUGUUUAACUGAAAUUGGGGUCCCAGUCACCAAAGAGCUCGGCUUCCAUCAGGUUGAUAUCCGAGGAGACCCGUACGGUUUACUAGCGGCACACCCGGUGGCGCCGUUGGUGUCGCUCCACCACUUGGAUUAUGUGAAGCCGUUGUUCCCGGCGGAGAAGCCGACGGAGGCGGUGAAAGGGCGGAGCCAGGUAGAGUCGAUGAGAAAGUUGAGAGAUGCGUAUGAGAUGGACCCAGGGAGGACAUUGCAACAGAGUAUAUGUUACGAUUUGGAGAGGAAUUGGUCUUUGUCAAUCGGGUGGGGUUACACGGCUCAAUUGUAUCCAUCGUUGUUGACGGCGAAGGAACUCCAGACGACACUCCAGACGUUUCAGACGUGGAGGAGCUGGAGUAAUGAACCCUUCACUUUCAAUACCAGGAGGCUGAGCUCAGAUCCUUGUGACCGUCCAAUCUUCUAUUUCUUUGACCAAGUGCAAGUGGAAGUGGAAGUGGAAGUGGAAUACGUAGGUAGGACCUUAACAACUUACAAGAGGUUCGUUCCUGAACCGAACAAGGACUGUGAUAACCCUCAAUACGUCCCUCUCUUGGCUGUGCAAUCCAUCAAAGUUUCGGCUCCCAGGUUGAAUCCUGACCAUUGGAAAAAGGCGCCACGAAGACAGUGUUGUGAGAUUGUGGAAGUGGGCAGCGUUGUUGAAGCGAGGAUUAGAAGCUGUCAUCAAGGGGAGUCUGUCACGCCACAUUAAAAGUU